AUGCCAUACAGAUUCAUUUCGAGGGUGUCUUCUAGGUGGCUGCACGGCAUUAAGAUGCCAUCGUCCCUGAGCAUGGUCGCUAUGGACAUGAAAAUAGCAAUUUUUGUUGUAACGGUUUUCGUGUAUUUGUAUCUUUACACAUACUGUUUUCGGAAGAUGCAGGCUGAACGCAACGGAAUCUUAGACCUCGACAUAAACGAGAACGAACAUUUGGACUUUGGUAUAUUUAAUGAGUCGGAUUCAGAAGACGAGGAAGAAGAAAAAAAAAAGAAGGAGCCAAAGGAACAGUGCAAAAGCAAGAUACCUGUAGUCGUAGAACCAGUUGUGUGUUCCGGGAACAAAAAACACAUGCGAUUUGUUUGA